AUGUCCGAUCCGGAUUCUCCAUUGGCUCACGAGCCAAUUCCCGAUCCAUCGCCGGAGCGGAUCCAAUCGUCUCCGCCGCUUACUCACCUCCCGCCACCGUUAUCCUCCUCCGCUCCAGGCGAUGCCUCGGGAGAAUUGAAUUCCGCUACCGAUCUGACGAUCGCCUCAACUCCGGCGACGUCCAAGAGCUCCAGGCGGUUGCCUCCGCCGUGCUGGUCUCUCGAGGAGACGAUCGCGCUCAUCGACGGGUACCGAGACAAAUGGUACGCUCUCAACCGUGGAAACCUCAAGGCGAAUCACUGGGAGGAAGUUGCGGAAUCGGUUGCGGCGAAUUGCCCCGACGCGACGCCGAAGAAAACCGCGGUUCAGUGUCGCCACAAGAUGGAGAAGCUCCGGAAAAGGUACCGGACCGAGAUCCAGCGGGCGAGAUCUGUGCCGGUGGCGAGGUUCGUAUCCUCUUGGGUCCACUAUAAGCGAAUGGAAGCCAUGGAGAAUAGACCCGAGACGAAACUGGGUAACGAGAGUGGAGAAGACGAGGAUCACGACGACGGCAAUUACGCCGGCCGGUAUCAAUUCCGAGGCGGUUCGUUCAAAAACGGCGGAGGUUCAGUCGCGGCGAGGACAACGCCGAGAUUUUUUAACAGGAAUGGUACCGCCGGAUCUGGUGGCGGCGGAGGGAGUAGCAGCAGCGGCGGAAUCAGGAUUCGGAUUCCGACGGGAGUGAGCUUAGCACAGCCCGGCCCGAGAUUUCCCGGUAAGAUCGAUCCGAAAUACACGGCGGGUGCUAGCUCCGGCCUCGGUUUAAAUCCGAAACCUGGUCGACUCGGAGCAGGAUCCAACUACGGAGCUAGAGUUGUGAGAAUUCCUGAAGGAGGAGGAGAAGAGAGAGGAGGGAAACGAGGGAGAGAGAUGAUGAUGAUGGCGGCGGAGGAUGGUGGUGAUGCUGAUGAUGAUCCAAUGGUGGAGAUUGCGAGUGCGAUCAAGCUACUUGGAGACUCGUUGUUGAGAACAGAGCAGACGAAGAUGGAGAUGACGAGAGAGAUCGAAGCGAUGAGGAUGGAGAUGGAGAUGAAGAGGACGAAGAUGAUACUGGAGUCGCAACAACGAAUAGUGGAAGCAUUUGCUAAAACCAUGUCGGAGAAUACAGAGGAGAGGAAGAAGAAAGCGAGAAGAUUAUCUUCCUUAGACGCUGACUCGUGA